UAUUAAAACCACAUGAACACUGAAAAAAACGAACUCAAGUCUUUCAUCCAGCUGCUGCAGUCAGUCGCUUCUAUUUUGAAAAGCCCUGACCGGAAGUGUGCUGUAGCGUGUUAGCAGUGGUUAGCUCUGUGCUGUCACAUCAGUGUUGUGUUAAUAAAGUUGUGUUAAAGAUGUCGGCAGGUCUGGAGCGGACUCCCCGGACUCUGCUGGUCUCUGAUCGGUCCAGCUUUCAGCACGAGAAGAACCGGCUGAGCUCCCAGGUGGAGCAGCUGCACUUCAACUACAAGGUGUCUGUGCUGCUGCCAGAGUGUAGCUCCGCCCCCUCUCACCUGGACGCUGCAUUCAACAGUUUCAACAGUUUCUACCUGAUCAGGGACCUACCCACGUACGAACUGCUGGACAAACACUUCCUGGAGGCCGCCGUGUACCAAGGACGAGUGUCCGGUCUGUCCUACAAGACGAGGCUCGAUGAAGACAACUCUGUCGCUCUGAUGCCCAACGGUCACCUGACUCUGUCUCUGGACAAAGACUCGUUUGAGCUGCUGGGAGUCGAAGGGAAACCGUCCAGAUUCAACCACAGAACCAACCGCAGAUACGUGGUGACAGUUGAUCUGACGCACAGCAGCAUGGCCCCUGGUGGGCGGGGCCAUCAGAGACUCAUCGCAGGCCUGAAGUCACGACUUAACCUGAGGACUGACUUCCUGCUGUCACAUCAUCCAGGGGGCGGAGCCUCUCUGCAGGCUCUCCUGUCUCGAUAUGAUUGGUCAGAGCACAGACCUGAGAUCAGCAGCUGCACUCUCACAGACCUUUCCUGCCCCGCCUUGCUGACCUCUGACCUGCAGUCAUGUGACCCUCACCGCUUCCUGGAGUGGCUCGGAGCCGUGGACGCCCACGUCAGCUGUGACAACUCAUCUAGCAGCUUCCUGUCCUCACUGGUCUGUCCUGAGCCAAAGACGACACUGAGUCAAGCUCUGAGUGUCUCCGUCGUUGGACUGCUGCUUCCACAAGACGUCCACCGCCUCAUUGAGCAGAUCAGAUGUCACCUGGAGCAGCCUCGGUUGGAGUCCUGGGCAGCGCUGACGGUUCACGGUUUUGUUGACAGUCCGGUGUCGUGGGGAGGCGCUGAACACGGUGUCCUGAGAGGAGGAGAGAACUUCUACAGUCUGCUGAUGUUCCAUGACCACACCUACCACCUGCACCUGGCUACAGGAGCACAUGACACCUGUCCUCGGUGACCUCACCUGUCCUCUUUGACGUCACCUGUCCUCUUUGACCUCAUGUGUCCUCUUUGACCUCACCUGUCCUUUGACCUCGUGUCCUCUGUGACCUCAACUGUCCGCUUUGACCUUACCUGUCCUCUUUGACCUCACGUGUCCUCUGUGA